AUGGGAUAAAUAUUAAGCUCUUAAUGUUGUGAAAAAAAGGUAGAUCCACCUAAAUCUUUGUUAUAAGAAGGUCAACUUUUGAAUUUAAAUCAAGACUAUUAAUAUUUUUUUAGUUAAGAUUGGUUUGGUGUUGAUAAACCUUAAUUCGAACCAUAAAAAUUUAUUUUUAUUUAUCCUGGUUAUAAGGAAGACUAAUCACAAAUGGAAAAAGUAUGGUAAAAGGCUGAUACAAUAAAUUUAAGACAUGGUGAAUUAGUUAGAUAAAAAGGAAAAGUUUUAAAUAAGAAAUGGCAAUAUUUAUUCAGAAAGUAAUUUAUUGAAUGAUAAAUAGAGGUGUUCCAUGUUCCUUAGCUAAAAAAAUAAUAUUAGAUACUUUUAGAUUAACUUAUGUUGAUUGUGAAGCAGAAUAUUUAUCUGCUUUAAAGGUUGUAUUUAAAAACAAAUAAAUUCCUAAAACCUUUAAGAAUGUUCCUCUGUUUGGUUGCAAUAAUAAUGAAGAUGAUGAUGAAGAAGAAUUUAAUUACUUAAAUGAGAGUGAGAAAAAAAUCUAAUUACUUCUUAAAGUUUAGAUUUUAAAUUAAUAAGGAAUGGAAGCAUUAAUUCGCUUACUUUGGAUUGUAAAUAAUUUAAAUCAUUUUUUGGAAUACAACCCAAUGUUACUCCACAUAAUAGUUCUGCUUUUAAUAUUCUUAAGUGAAGCUUAGACUUAUUGUGUAUUGUAAUUUAUGAUAAAAGAUUCAUAAUAAAGUUUGAAUGAUAAUUAGACAAAAUAAUAAUUACGAUGGCAUUUAAUAAUGAAUGAGGAACAUUUUAAAGAGUAAUUAUUAAAUUUAUAACUAGAACAGCUACUACAUUUUAUGAAACUGUAAGUAGAAGGAGUAAAACAUUUAAUAAUAUUUAUUCAUAAAUGUAAAAUAUUCAAUUUGAUUCAUUUGAAUUGUUUUAAGAGAUGUCUAUUAGUUUAAUGUUAACUUAUUUACCAUUUUCUGCUGUUUUAAAAAUAUUCAUCAUUUAUUUAAAUGAAGGAAUUAAGAUAUAUUUUAGAAUGUUUUAUUCUGUUUUAAGAUAUGUUUAAGAUGAUAUAAAGUCAUGCAAAUCAAGCUCUAAUUUAAAAGCAAUAUUAAGAAAGAAAAUAAUGAAUUUAAAUAUAGAAGAAUAAAACAAUAUUAUUAAACAAGCAUUUAAAUUAAGUUUAAGUGAAAGUGAACAAGUAAAAUCUUUUAUGAGAACUACUGUUUCAUACACUAAAAAUUAACCAUGUUAUUUGCCCAUUCCAUCUCAAGCAUCAGAUUUAAUUACUAAUGAAUAGGCAUUUAUAGAUAUAUGAU